GGCACAGUCUACCACACACCUCAAGACUCCCGGUCAAACAUGACGAAGAAGAGAAGAAACAACGGACGCAACAAGAAGGGCCGCGGCCACGUUAACUUCGUCCGCUGCUCGAACUGCUCGCGAUGCGUGGGCAAGGACAAGGCGAUCAAGCGCUUCACAGUGCGCAACAUGGUUGAGAGUGCUGCUGUCCGGGAUAUCAGCGAGGCGAGCGUGUACCCUGAGUACGUUAUCCCCAAGCUCUACAUCAAAAUCGCAUACUGCGUGUCAUGCGCCAUCCACUCGCACGUCGUACGUGUCCGCUCCCGCGAGGGUCGUCGCAACCGUGCGCCCCCUCCCCGUGUCCGAUGGAAGGAUGGCAAGAAGGUCAACCCUGCUGUUGCCGCAGCAGAGGAUGCCAAGGCGGCGGCUGCGAGAACAGCAUAGGCUUUGUACAUCGCAGUUAAUCGUAUCUCACUUGCAUGCAUGAUCUUCGCACGUCUGACGUGAUUGCUCGUCCCCUUGUGCAUCAUCGCCCUAGCGCAGACCACGGUGCCAUAUGUCCUCAUGUAUACUAGGUGUAGAGCAUAUGAGGCUCGGAAUGCAUGAUCGCGGUGCCAUGUGCGCUCAAUCC